CUCAGUCGAAUUCGAAAGCCUAUUACAGAGUAUUGCUGCAUUGUGGUUUCUGAUCACCGCGUGAAAGACAUAUUGAAAUGUAUCAAAGCAAUUCUUUGGAACGAACAUUCACCGUGUUAACAUAUCUGUUAUCAUCAAAAGAUGUAUAUCAAAGAGACAAUCCAAAGCCAUGUCACGAAUUUGACAACGCUAUUUCUAACAUUGUGAAGGCAGAGGAAUUACUAAUACGAUGGAACCAACUACUAGAAAGUGCACAAACUGACCUUUUAGGAGUUCAAUACGACCUGCAGAAUAAAAAAGAGCAAAUAGCACUCGCAAUGAUGCCCUAUGAUUGUGAGGACAAAUCCAUCGGUAAGCUGUUUUGUGAGGAUAACAGAUAUUCGAAAAAUUUAUUCUUAAUUGGACGUGGCCAAAAACCUCUAACACGUGAGCUAUACCAAAAGUUUUUGAAUGGCAUUCCCUGCAACGAGGAUUGCAUAAAGAGUGAUAUGGAUUUUUUUAUUGGCAAAAUUAAGCUUUUACAGUUCGUUAGCAGGAAACUUUUUGAUCUACUCUUCGUAUACAUUGACACAGAUGGCAUGGAACAUUUCCGUUAUAUUCCGGAAUUCGAAUUCGAUGGUAAAAAAUUACAAAUUCCACGUUCGAUUAGCAGUAUGACAGAUAUCCCAUUAAACGAGUUAAUUGAGAAGAAGACCCUUACAGCAACAAGCAUUAAGAGUUGGAAGCUCUUUUUGAAAAAGAAAUAAAUGGUUUGAAGAAUUAUAAUAGCUUUUUAUUUUUCAAAACUUGUAAGCACGAGGAAUAAAUUAGAGUAUAUUAAAAAAAUUA